GGAAGUAAUAUACGGAGUAUUUGGGAGAGUUUCACUCACCCCACUCCGGAGCAAAACACCUCCCCCUCCGCGCUGCUGCAGGUGCCAACUUCAUGUAUGUAGCUCAUGCAAUUUGAGCAGCGUUCACAUUUUCCAUCGAUUGAUACUGUUUCACUUCGAAAUUGCAUUCAAACCUUCUUGUUAUCAGUCACUCUGUAAAUAUCACUGGACCGAAGUCCCUGUUUCAAUCCGUAAACCCUAGCCUCUAAUCUGAUCCCCAGUUGGGCGGUAUUUCUUCAGCUUUGACGAACCUAGGGCUUCUUCAACAUGAGUCCCGUUCAGAACUUCGAGCAGCACGCCCGCAAUCUCAUCGAACCAGACUUACCAAUCCAGACGAGGCUUCAAAUGGUGAUGGAGGUGCGGGACAGUUUAGAAAUAACGCACACAGGGGAGUAUCUGAACUUUCUCAAAUGCUAUUUUGGUUCGUUUUCUGUGAUUAUGUAUCACAUGACAAAGCCACAGUCAAUGGAUAAUCCUGAGCACAAGCUUAGGAACAUUGUGGUUGAGAUACUGAAUCGUUUGCCACACAGUGAAGUGCUCCGGCCUUUCGUCCAGGAGCUGCUGAAGGUGGCUAUGCAUGUUCUGAAGACAGAUAACGAGGAGAAUGGUCUAAUUUGCAUCCGAAUAAUCUUUGACUUGCUUCGUAACUUUAGGCCUACUUUAGAGACAGAAGUUCAACCCUUUUUGGAUUUUGUAUGUAAAAUCUACCAAAAUUUUAGGGCAACACAGCUUUUACCCAGACUUUUGCAUUGUUGCUAUGGUUGUACUUGGCAAGCACAAAUUGGCGGAGUCAUGGGGCUUGGUGCUUUGGUGGGAAAGGUCACUGUUGAAACACUCUGCCUUUUCCAAGUUAGAAUUGUUAGAGGUCUGGUUUAUGUUCUCAAGAGGCUUCCUAGUCAUGCUGCUAAAGAGCAGGAGGAGACAAGCCAAGUGCUUACGCAUGUUCUCCGCAUGGUGAAUAAUGUUGAUGAAGCUAACAAUGAAGCACACAAGCAGAGUUUCCAAGGUGUUGUUGAAUACUUGGCCUCAGAGUUGUUCAACCCCAAUGUGUCUAUCAACGUGAGGAAGAUUGUACAGUCUUGUUUGGGACUUUUGGCCAGUAGGACUGGUAGUGAAGUUUCAGAAUUGCUUGAACCAAUGUACCAACCUUUGCUUCAGCCUCUUAUAGUUCGCCCACUGCGAUCAAAGACUGUGGAGCAACAGGUUGGGACGGUUACUGCCCUUAACUUCUGCCUUGCUUUAAGACCCCCUCUGCUAAAGCUGACUCAGGAACUAGUCAGUUUCCUUCAAGAAGCUCUACAAAUAGCAGAGGCUGAUGAAACUGUGUGGGUAAUGAAAUAUAUGAACCCUAAGGUGGCGGCCUUACUGAACAAACUCCGCACAGCAUGUAUUGAAUUACUAUGCACUGCCAUGGCAUGGGCAGAUUUCAAAACUCAAAACCAUGCUGAAUUACGUUCAAAAAUAAUUUCAAUGUUUUUCAAGUGUCUAACAAGCAGAAAUUCAGAAAUUGUAGCUGUUGCAAAGGAGGGUUUACGACAGGUUAUACUACAGCAAAAGAUGCCCAAGGAUUUGUUGCAGAGCAGCCUUCGACCAAUAUUAGUUAACUUGGCACAUACUAAAAAUCUCAGCAUGCCACUUUUACAAGGUCUAGCUCGCCUUCUAGAGCUUCUCUCCAACUGGUUCAAUGUAACCUUAGGCGGAAAGCUGUUAGAACACUUAAGGAAAUGGUUAGAACCUGAAAAACUUGCACAGUGCCAAAAAUCAUGGAAGGCAGGUGAAGAACCCAAAAUUGCUUCUGCUAUAAUUGAGCUUUUCCAUCUGCUUCCCUCAGCAGCUGGGAAGUUUCUUGAUGAACUUGUGACCCUGACAAUAGAUUUAGAAGUUGCCCUUCCACCUGGACAAUUUUAUAGUGAGAUUAACAGUCCGUACCGGCUUCCACUAACCAAAUUUUUGAAUAGGUAUCCAACAGCUUCUGUUGAUUACUUUCUUGCUCGGCUAUGCCAGCCAAAAUACUUCAGACGGUUUAUGUACAUAAUAAGGUCAGAUGCUGGCCAGCCUUUGCGAGAUGAACUAGCAAAGUCACCUGAUAAGAUAAUUGCAAGUGCAUUCCCAGAAUUCACUUCAAAAACUGAUGCUGCAACUGGACAUGAACCUGGCAAUAGACAAAAGACAUUGGUAGGUGAUGAAGCUUUUGCAACUCAUCAAUCCGAGACUUCUAUACCAUCUUCAACUUUAGGUGGGAUGCAAGAUGCUUACUUCCAGGGCCUUGCCUUGGUUAAGACUUUGGUCAAGUUGAUGCCUACAUGGUUGCAGAACAACCGCAUCAUCUUUGACACUUUGGUUAUGAUGUGGAAGUCACCUGCAAGAAUCUCACGGCUACAAAAUGAGCAGGAGCUGAACUUGGUGCAAGUCAAGGAGAGCAAAUGGCUUGUCAAGUGUUUCCUGAAUUACUUGCAACAUGAAAAGGCUGAAAUGAAUGUUCUAUUUGAUAUCCUCUCUGUCUUCUUGUUUCGUACUCGCAUAGACUUUACCUUUCUUAAGGAGUUCUACAUUAUAGAGGUUGCUGAGAGUUAUCCGCCUGAAAUGAAGAAAGCUUUGCUCCUCCAUUUUCUGAACCUUUUCCAGUUAAAGCAACUUGGUCAUGAUCACUUAGUUGUCAUUAUGCAAAUGCUUGUUCUUCCAAUGCUUGCUCAUGCCUUUCAGAAUGGGCAAACCUGGGAGGUUGUUGAUUCUGCUAUAGUAAAGACAAUUGUUGAUAAGCUUCUUGACCCUCCAGAAGAGGUGUCUGCUGAUUACGAUGAGCCAUUGAGGAUUGAGCUUCUACAACUUGCAACAUUGCUUCUCAAGUAUCUUCAGACUGAUCUUGUUCAUCAUCGAAAGGAGCUUAUUAAAUUUGGUUGGAAUCAUCUUAAACGUGAAGAUAGUGCCAGUAAGCAGUGGGCAUUUGUAAACGUUUGCCAUUUCUUAGAGGCUUAUCAAGCUCCAGAGAAGAUUAUACUUCAGGUUUUUGUUGCACUCCUCCGAACUUGCCAGCCAGAGAACAAACUGUUGGUCAAGCAAGCACUUGAUAUACUUAUGCCUGCACUUCCACAAAGGUUGCCUCUUGGUGAUUCCCGCAUGCCAAUCUGGAUACGUUAUACAAAAAAAAUUCUUGUUGAGGAAGGUCAUUCUAUCCCUAAUCUGAUACACAUAUUCCAGCUCAUUGUUCGCCAUUCAGAUCUAUUCUACAGCUGCAGAGCACAAUUUGUUCCUCAGAUGGUAAAUUCCCUAAGUCGCCUUGGAUUGCCAUACAACACUACAGCAGAAAAUAGACGACUUGCCAUUGAACUUGCUGGGUUGGUAGUGAAUUGGGAAAGGCAAAGGCAAAAUGAAAUGAAAGUGGUGCCUAAUCAUGAUACCACUGGCCAGAUUAGCGAUAGGUCGAGCCAUGCUUCUGUGGAUUCCAAGAAUCAUGCGGAUGUAUCAUCAUUUUCAGAAGAUCCCAGUAAGCGAGUCAAGGUAGAACCUGGUCUGCAAUCCCUCUGUGUCAUGUCACCAGGAGGGGGCGUCUCAUCAAUUCCUAACAUUGAAACCCCUGGAUCAGGCGGGCAACCUGAUGAAGAGUUUAAACCGAAUGCAGCAAUGGAAGAAAUGAUUAUAAAUUUCCUUAUACGAGUAGCCUUGGUAAUAGAACCAAAGGACAGAGAAGCUAGUCUGAUGUAUAAACAGGCCUUGGAUCUCUUAUCACAAGCUUUGGAAGUCUGGCCCAAUGCCAAUGUAAAAUUUAAUUAUCUAGAUAAGCUUCUUAGCAGUAUUCCUCCUCAGUCGAAGGAUCCAUCCACAGCUCUUGCCCAGGGCCUAGAUGUGAUGAAUAAAGUUUUGGAGAAACAACCUCAUCUCUUUGUCCGAAACAAUAUCAGCCAGAUCUCACAAAUUUUAGAGCCAUGUUUCAAGUUCAAAAUGUUAGAUGCUGGGAAGUCAUUGUGUUCUUUGUUGAAGAUGGUUUCCCUUGCUUAUCCUCCUAACCAAUCUAAUACUCCACAAGAAGUGCGAAUGUUAUAUCAAAAAGUGGAGGAGCUCAUACAGAAGCACCUUUCUGUGGUUGCAGCACCUCAAACAUCAGGAGAAGACAGUUCAGGGAGCAUCAUUAGCUUUGUCCUUUAUGUGAUCAAGACAUUAGUGGAGGUGCACAAAAAUUUCAUCGACCCAACUAGUCUGGUACAUGUUCUUCAACGGCUGGCACGAGAUAUGGGUUCUUCCAUUGGUUCUCAUAUUAGACAGGGUCAGAGGUCAGAUCCAGAUUCUGCUGUCACUUCUUCCCGCCAAGGCGCUGAUGUUGGAGUUGUCAUUGCUAACCUAAAAGCUGUAUUGAGUCUGAUCAGUGAACGGGUCAUGUCAGUUCCAGAAUGCAAACGAUCCGUAACUCAAAUAUUGAAUUCAUUGCUCUCUGAAAAGGGAACCGACCCUUCUGUGUUGAUGUGCAUACUAGAUGUAGUAAAACGAUGGAUUGAAGAUGAUUUUGGUAGAUCUGGAGCUGCUGCAGCAUCUAAUACUUGCCUUACUCAGAAGGAUGUGGUUUCUUUCAUUCAAAGGCUUUCGCAAGUUGAUAAACAGAACUUCUCCAAUGCUGUGGACGAGUGGGACCAGAAAUAUCUCUCUCUUCUUUAUGGACUUUGUGCUGACUCGAGCAAGUAUCCUUUCUCCCUGCGUCAGGAAGUUUUCCAAAAAGUAGAGAGACAAUUUUUGCUUGGAUUACGGGCAAAAGAUCCUGAAAUGCGGAUGAAGUUCUUCUCUCUUUAUCACGAAUCCCUUGGGAAGACCCUCUUCUCUAGAUUGCAGUACAUUAUCCAAUUACAAGACUGGGAGGCAUUGAACGAUGUUUUUUGGCUUAAGCAAGGUCUUGAUCUUCUCCUGGCCAUUUUAGUUGAGGACAAGCCCAUAACGCUGGCUCCAAAUUCUGCCAAGGUUCCUCCGCUGAUGAUAUCUGCUUCAGUUGCUGAUAGCACUGCCGUACAACCAAUGAUAUUGGAUGCUGAAGAAGGUUCUGAGGAAGCUCCCCUAACUUUUGAUGGUCUUGUGUCUAAGCAUGCACACUUUUUGAAUGAAAUGAGCAGGCUUAAGGUUGCUGAUCUAGUUCUCCCACUGAGAGAGCUGGCACAUACAGAUGCGAAUGUGGCUUACCACCUGUGGGUUUUGGUAUUCCCCAUUGUUUGGGUCACCUUGCUCAAAGAAGAGCAAGUUGCCCUUGCUAAGCCAAUGAUAACUCUGCUCUCAAAAGACUAUCAUAAAAGGCAGGCUAUGCAGCGACCUAAUGUUGUUCAAGCUCUUUUAGAAGGACUUCAGCUAAGUCAUCCUCAACCUCGAAUGCCCAGUGAGCUCAUUAAAUACAUUGGAAAGACUUAUAAUGCAUGGCACAUUGCUCUAGCAUUGCUGGAAAGUCACGUGAUGCUAUUCAUAAAUGACACUAAGUGCUCUGAAUCUUUGGCUGAGCUUUACCGGUCAAUCAAUGAAGAAGAUAUGAGGUGUGGAUUAUGGAAAAAACGGUCAGUUUCAGCAGAAACGCGGGCUGGGCUCUCCCUUGUGCAGCAUGGGUAUUGGCAGCGUGCUCAAAGCAUUUUUCAACAAGCCAUGCUUAAGGCAACUCAAGGUACUUAUAACAAUACCGUUCCUAAAGCAGAGAUGUGUCUGUGGGAAGAGCAGUGGCUAUCUUGUGCUUCCCAACUUAGUCAAUGGGAUGCACUAGUAGACUUCGGGAAGGCAGUUGAGAAUUAUGAGAUUUUACUUGACAGUCUGUGGAAGCAGCCUGAUUGGGCGUAUUUGAAAGAUCAAGUUAUUCCAAAGGCUCAAGUUGAGGAGACCCCAAAGCUCCGUAUCAUACAAGCCUAUUUUGCUCUUCAUGAAAAGAAUACUAAUGGAGUGGCGGAGGCUGAAAGCAUUGUCGGGAAAGGAGUUGAUCUUGCCCUGGAACAGUGGUGGCAGUUGCCAGAUAUGUCCAUUCAUUCAAGAAUUCCUCUUCUACAGCAAUUCCAACAACUGGUUGAAGUUCAGGAAUCAUCUCGUAUCAUUGUUGACAUUGCCAACGGAAACAAAAUUCCUGGAAACUCUGUUGUUGGUGUUCAUGGUGCGGCAUAUGCGGAUCUGAAGGAUAUACUUGAGACAUGGAGACUGAGGACUCCUAAUGAAUGGGAUAACUUGUCUGUUUGGUAUGAUUUGUUUCAAUGGAGGAAUGAAAUGUAUAAUGCAGUCAUUGAUGCAUUUAAGGACUUCGGUUCUACAAAUUCUCAAUUGCAUCAUCUUGGAUAUCGUGAUAAGGCAUGGAAUGUAAAUAAACUUGCCCAUAUUGCUCGGAAACAAGGACUUCAUGACGUCUGUGUGUCUAUUCUGGAGAAAUUGUAUGGGCAUUCAACGAUGGAAGUUCAGGAAGCCUUUGUAAAAAUUAGGGAACAAGUCAAAGCUUAUUUAGAAAUGAAGGGAGAGCUAACAAGCGGUCUUAAUUUGAUCAACAAUACUAAUCUGGAAUAUUUUUCUAUCAAACACAAAGCUGAAAUUUUUCGUCUUAAGGCAGAUUUCUUGUUGAAGCUUAAUGAUUGUGAAGGGGCAAACAUUUCAUAUUCAAAUGCUAUUUCCCUUUUCAAGAAUUUGCCUAAAGGAUGGAUUAGCUGGGGCAAUUAUUGUCAUAUGGUUUACAAAGAUGCCCAUGAGGAAAUAUGGCUGGAGUAUGCAGUCAGCUGCUUUUUACAAGGGAUCAAGUUUGGGAGCCCUAAUUCUAGAAGCCACCUUGCUCGUGUUUUAUAUCUUCUGAGCUUUGACACUUCAAGUGAGCCUGUAGGAAGAGCAUUUGAUAAAUAUUUUGACCAAAUACCCGAUUGGGUUUGGCUUUCUUGGAUCCCUCAGCUGCUACUUUCCUUACAGAGGAAUGAGGCUCCUCAUUGCAAACUUGUUCUAUUAAAAAUUGCUACUGUGUAUCCACAGGCGUUGUAUUACUGGUUGCGCACAUAUUUACUUGAACGCCGUGAUGUUGCAAAUAAAUCUGAAUAUAGUAGAAUGGCAAUGGCCCAACAAAGAAUGCAGCAGAAUGUCUCUGCUGCCAAUGUAGCUGGGUCUAUGGGGUUUGCUGAGGGAAAUGCUAGAGUAACUGGUCAGAAUGGUGGUUCAAGUGCUGCAGAGAAUCAUGUCUCUCAAGGAACUCAGACUGGAGGGGUUGGCUCUCAUGAUGGCAGUAGCUCUCAUGUUGCUGAACCUGAAAGGUCAACACAUGUUGAAGGUGGCAUGCCUUCUGGAACUGACCCAUCCUUAAACCAGAGCUCAUCUUCUGGUGAUGGUGGUCAGAAUUUGUUAAGGCGUAGUACUAACUUAGGUUUGGGGUCUUCGGCGGCUAGUGCAUUUGAUGCUGCAAAAGAUAUAAUGGAGACACUGAGAAGUAAGCAUGCCAACCUCGCUAGUGAACUUGAGAUCUUGCUCACGGAAAUUGGUUCAAGAUUUGUCACUUUACCAGAAGAGAGAUUGCUAGCUGUUGUUAAUGCUUUGCUACAUCGAUGUUACAAAUACCCAACCGCAACUAUAGCUGAAGUUCCACAAUCUUUGAAGAAGGAGCUGUCUGGUGUCUGUAGGGCUUGUUUUUCAGCAGAUGCUGUGAGCAAACAUGUAGAAUUUGUAAGAGAGUACAAACACGAGUUUGAACGAGAUCUUGAUCCUGAUAGUACGUCAACGUUCCCAGCUACACUUUCGGAACUCACAGAACGGCUGAAGCACUGGAAAAAUGUUCUGCAAAGCAAUGUUGAGGACCGUUAUCCCGCUGGUCUGAAGCUUGAAGACGAGAGCAGGGUGUUGCGAGACUUCCAUGUUGUUGAUGUGGAAGUUCCAGGACAAUAUUUUUCUGACCAGGAAGUAGCACCUGAUCAUACAGUGAAGUUGGACAGGGUGGGAUCUGAUGUUCAAAUUGUUAGGAGGCAUGGAAGCAGUUUCCGACGUUUGACACUGAUUGGGUCUGAUGGUUCACAACGUCAUUUUAUCGUCCAGACAUCAUUGACACCAAAUGCUAGAAGUGAUGAACGGAUCUUGCAACUUUUCCGAGUUAUGAACAGAAUGUUUGACAAGCAUAAGGAAUCCAGAAAGAGACACAUAUGUAUUCACACACCAAUCAUCAUACCUGUGUGGUCGCAGGUCCGCAUGGUGGAAGAUGAUUUGAUGUAUAACACACUCCUUGAGGUAUAUGAGAACCACUGUGCUAGAAAUGCUCGGGAGGCAGACCAACCGGUAACAUAUUUCAAGGAGCAGCUUAACCAAGCAAUAUCUGGGCAAAUGCCAGCAGAAGCUGUUGUUGACCUUCGGCUUCAAGCAUAUAGUGACAUUGCAAAGACGUUAGUGGAUGACACUAUAUUUUCGCAGUAUAUGUACAAAACCCUCUUGAGCGGAAAUCAUAUGUGGACAUUCAAAAAGCAGUUUGCCAUUCAGUUGGCAAUCUCAAGCUUCAUGUCAUUCAUGCUCCAAAUUGGAGGCCGGUCCCCCAACAAGAUAUUGUUUGCCAAAAACACAGGGAAGAUAUUCCAGACUGAUUUCCAUCCUACGUAUGAUGCAAAUGGAAUGAUUGAAUACAAUGAACCUGUGCCCUUCCGCUUGACGAGGAACUUGCAAUCAUUUUUCUCCCAUUUUGGAGUGGAAGGACUCAUCGUUUCUUCUAUGUGCGCGACAGCACAAGCUGUGGUUUCCCCUAAACAAAUCCAGCAUCUAUGGUACCACUUGGCGAUGUUUUUCCGUGAUGAGCUUGUAUCUUGGUCGUGGAGAAGACCCAUAGGGAUGGGAGGUGGUCCUGUUGUCACCACUGCAGGCAAUUUGACCCCUGUUGAGCUCAAACAAAAGAUAACUACAAAUGUUGAGCAUGUAAUUGGCCGGGUCAACGAAAUAGCACCACAGUUCAUCUCUGAAGAGGAUGAGAACGCGAUGGAUCCUCCACAAUCUGUGCAGAGGGGAGUGGCUGAAUUGGUCGAAGCUGCCCUUACUCCGAGGAAUUUGUGCAUGAUGGACCCGACUUGGCAUCCCUGGUUUUGAUUCUCUUUUUUUGCACUCACCGUGUGUGCGUACUUCCCUACUCUGCUUCCAUCUCUGUGUAGAGAGGGUAAAACUGAUCCAUACUGCCCUGUAUUAGAGAACAAACCCAGUAAAGUCUCACAGAAGUAGUGUCUGUGAGGGUUUCUGGGAGCUUCCGAGCUCUCUCCCGCUGCGUAUGUAUAUAUGUAUAUCUAUUUGCGUGUGAAUAAAAUUAAGUUUGAAGUAGAGACAACCGCCGAUUGAGCGAUUGUGCUCUUUUGUUUAUUUUCAGUGGGAGCAGCAGAAACCAUAACUGCCUAUAUAUGUAAUAUGUUAAUGCCUCUUGAAAUUAAAUGGUAGAACUGCCAAACAGGUUUCUGAGGUUAACAUUUUGGCACUUCUUUAGGUUUGUCCCAUUUUGAGCUCUUUUCUUAGCACAAACUAAUGAUCUUUUAAUUUAUUUAUCUUUUUGGAGGAAAGAAUUGUGUGAUUC